AUAUGGAAUGUGCAGAUGUGCCUUUGUUAACUCCGAGCAGCAAAGAGAUGAUGUCACAGGCGUUAAAAGCCACCUUCAGCGGCUUCACAAAAGAACAGCAACGCUUGGGAAUUCCCAAAGAUCCUCAGCAAUGGACAGAGACUCACGUACGGGACUGGGUGAUGUGGGCAGUGAACGAGUUCAGCCUGAAGGGCGUGGACUUCCAGAAGUUCUGUAUGAACGGAGCUGCCUUGUGUGGGCUGGGCAAGGACUGCUUCAUUGAACUAGCACCAGACUUUGUAGGAGAUAUUCUCUGGGAACAUCUGGAGAUCCUGCAGAAAGAGGAGGCAAAGCCAUACCCAACGAACGGCAUGAACCCCGCCUAUCCAGAAUCCCGCUACACAUCAGAUUACUUCAUUAGUUAUGGUAUUGAGCAUGCUCAGUGUGUUCCUCCCUCAGAGUUCUCAGAGCCCAGUUUCAUCACAGAGUCUUACCAGACCCUCCAUCCAAUCAGUUCAGAAGAGCUCCUGUCCCUCAAAUAUGAGAAUGACUACCCGUCCGUCCUCCUCCGGGACCCAGUGCAGAUGGACGCCUUGCAGACAGACUACUUCACAAUCAAGCAGGAAGUUGUAACUCCAGACAACAUGUGCAUGGGGCGCGCCAGCCGAGGUAAACUCGGUGGCCAGGAUUCCUUUGAGAGCAUAGAGAGCUACGACAGUUGUGACCGGCUGACACAGUCCUGGAGCAGCCAGUCGUCCUUCCAGAGUCUCCAACGUGUCCCUUCUUAUGACAGCUUCGAUUCGGAGGACUACCCGGUUGCCCUGCCAAACCACAAGCCCAAGGGCACGUUUAAGGACUAUGUGCGAGACCGAGCCGACAUGAACAAGGACAAACCUGUCAUCCCUGCUGCUGCCCUGGCUGGCUACACAGGUAGCGGACCCAUUCAACUGUGGCAAUUCCUGCGGGACCCUCUCACGGACAAGUCCUGCCAGUCCUUUAUCAGCUGGACAGGCGAUGGUUGGGAAUUCAAGCUCUCUGAUCCUGAUGAGGUUGCAAGAAGAUGGGGCAAGAGGAAAAACAAGCCAAAAAUGAACUACGAGAAGCUGAGCCGUGGAUUGCGCUAUUACUACGACAAGAACAUCAUCCACAAGACUGCCGGGAAACGGUACGUUUACCGUUUUGUGUGCGACCUGCAGAGCUUGCUGGGAUACACGCCUGAAGAACUCCAUGCCAUGUUGGAUGUCAAACCCGAUGCUGAUGAAUGAACAGGAGGCGGGGACUGCAAAGAAGCCCUUGCAGAAGAUUCCGUG